GCCUACAUAUUUGAGAAUAUCAGAUCAGUUCAGUUGGAAGCUCUACUUCUCUCCUUGCUGAGCAUUACAGUGCUUGUUCUUGUUAAGGAACUGAAUGAGAAAUUUCAGAAAAACGUUAAAGUUGUUCUUCCCAUCGAUCUCCUUUUGAUAAUUGCUACAUCUGUUGCCUGCUACUAUGCUGAUAUGGAAUACACCUAUGGGCUAGAAGUAGUGGGACAUAUUCCUGAAGGGUUACCAUCUCCAAAACCACCACCCAUGAAUGUUCUGCCUGAAGUAGUCACUGAAGCUUUUGGAGUAGCGCUGGUUGGUUACGUAGCAUCACUAGCUCUUGCCCAAGACUCUGCUAAAAAAUUUAAAUACACUGUGGAUGACAACCAGGAAUUUUUGGCUCAUGGCCUCAGCAACGUGAUUCCUUCAUUUUUCUUUUGCAUACCAAGUGCUGCAGCAAUGGGACGGACGGCACUUCUGUACAGUACGGGCGCCAAAACUCAGGUCUCUUGCCUUAUAUCUAGUGUAUUAAUUCUAGUGGUGAUAUAUGCAAUUGGACCUAUGCUGUACUGGCUGCCUAUGUGUGUGCUAGCAAGUAUUAUUGUUGUGGGCUUGAAGGGGAUGCUAAUACAGUUCCGUGACUUAAAAAAGUAUUGGAAUGUGGAUAAAGUAGACUGGAGCAUAUGGGUUAGUACCUACGUAUUUACAAUAUGCUUUGCUGCUAAUGUGGGACUAUUGUAUGGCGUUGUCUGCACUAUAGUAAUUGUGAUUUUCCGCUUUCCCAGAGCAAAGACACUGAAUUUGAAAAAUGUGAACGAAGUGGAAUAUAAAUACAAAACAGAAGAUAAUUGUGAAUCAUUAAAACAGGUAAACAUAGUUUCAGUCAACAACCCGUUAGUCUUUCUGAAUGCCAGGAAAUUUCACGCUGACCUCAUAAAGAUAAUCCAAAAGGAUAGCAUGAGCAGCCAGGCAUGUGAAGAUGUAAACAAGUGUGAGCAGAACACAUUGCUGUGUUCAUUUUCCAAUGGAAGUUGUCACGGUGAAUCGUUGCAGUCAUGUCACAGUGAGCGACAUGUUUUGAUAUUAGAUUGCAGUGGACUGAAUUUCUUUGACUAUACCGGAGUCUCAGUGCUGCUUCAGAUUUACAUGGACUGUAAAAGUAGACACAUCGAUGUGUUGCUAGCACACUGCAAAGCUUCCUUGAUAAAAGCAAUGCAGUACGGUGGAAAUCUUGAAUCUGAAACUCCUGUCUUCUUUGAAUCUGUUUCUUCAGCAAUCGAUGCCAUUCAGAGUCACAGGAAUUACAGCAAGUUCAGUGAACAAAGUGAAGUGUGA